AUGUCAUCAGGCCUUACAGAGGAUCAGAAGAGAAGAAUUGAAGAGAAUCGCCAGAAGGCUUUGGCUAGGAGAGCAGAGAGGCUAGCAGCCCAGAGAGGUGGACAGGUGGGGAUCGCUGGACCUUGGGUAAAAGAACAGAGUCCAGGCAGUCGGGGAAACUUCAAGGAAGAAAACAAUCGUGUCAGGUCCAUUAGCCAGCAUCAACAGAAUCCAAACAGUCCUGUGGAGCAGAAGAGCUGUCUUCAGAAAGAUUAUAACCAUUACACUGCAAACCAACAGAUGACUGGUUCACAUGGGGAGCAACAAAAGAAUCGUUCAGAAGAGUUGGAACAAGCAAGUGGCAUUAAGCAGUUCCCUACAACGGUCCCAGAGUCUCUGAGUUAUUCCCAUAAACGUUACUUGGAUGCUGGGGGUCAGGAACGUGGACAGCAAGCUUUAAUUAAUGUUGGUGCAUUCCAGCAGCCCAAAUGCUACCCAGCUUUCAAAAACCCUACAGAACCAUCUCAUCCUAGGUUAAUUGAUAAUGGGCACCCUGACGGUAGUAAAGAUUUACAAAGUCAGAACAAAUCUGCCAUAAAAUAUGUUUCACCAAUAUCUUCUCAGAAAGACAUGUUUCUGAUAACCGGCUCUGCUGGUACAGGCUCUACUUUUGAAGCUGCCUCUUGCAAGAAAGCAAAUACUGUUACCAGAGGAAAAUGUGUGAAAUACGGGGAAGACCGAUUCCAGGUCGAAAUAGGGUACAAUGCUGAACUCAUUGCUGUGUUUAAGAAGAUACCAAGCAAAAGCUAUGAUCCUGCUAUGAAAAAAUGGAAUUUCAGCCUGGAAGAUUACAGCAGUUUCAUGGAAGCAGCAAAUCAACUUUCGUCAGUAGUUCUGGCACCACUGGAUGGAGAAAAUGCAGUUGGCUUGGCAUCCAGCUCUCGUUUCGUUGGCAGUAGGGUUGAUGUGAAUUCCCUCUUGAAGAUGUGUAAGAACUGGAAGAAACCCUCAGCCUUUGUCAAAGGGAAGUGCAUGCUGAUUUCUCGCUUGCGGUUUGAGGUUGAUAUUGGGUAUUCUGCAGAAGUGAUUGGAGUGUUCAAACAGAUGGAUUCCAGAAAUUAUGAUAUGAACACCAGAAAGUGGAAUUUCCUGCUGGAGGACUAUCCCAAACUAAUGGAAGUGUUACAGAGCCUUGCGUCAGUAGAAGUGGAGCCACUGCCCAACGCAGUAAUACAGAUGUUUGCUGCUCAAAUACAGAGAUCUACAUCACAAACAGACAUUCCUGAUGCUGACCUUUCAGUAGUGGACUCCAAAGUUGUGAUGAGCCUCAUGCCCUUUCAGCGGGAAGGUGUGAAUUUUGCAAUUUUAAGAAAUGGACGUUUACUUCUUGCGGAUGACAUGGGCUUGGGCAAGACCAUCCAGGCAAUCUGCAUUGCUGCGUAUUACCGGAAAGAAUGGCCCUUGCUGGUGGUGACUCCUUCUUCUGUGAGGUUUACAUGGGCAGAGGCAUUUCACAGGUGGCUUCCAUCCUUGAGUCCAGGUAGCACCAAUGUCAUAGUGACUGGCAAAGACAACCUAACAGCAGGCUUGAUCAACAUUGUCAGCUUUGACCUCCUCAGCAAGAUGGACAAGCAACUUAAGAGCACUUUCCAAGUAGUUAUUAUUGAUGAAUCUCAUUUCCUAAGGAACAUAAAAACUGCACGAUGCCGAGCUGCCAUGCCUGUACUGAAGGCUGCCAGGAGAGUGAUCUUGCUGUCAGGAACCCCUGCCAUGUCGCGGCCUGCGGAGCUCUACACUCAGAUUGCGGCUGUCCAGCCAGCCUUCUUCCCACAGUUCCACUCCUUUGGGCUACGCUACUGUGAUGCCAGGAAGAUGCCGUGGGGUUGGGACUACUCUGGAUCAUCCAACUUAACUGAACUGAAAAUUUUGCUGGAAGAGUCCAUCAUGAUCCGACGUCUGAAAUCAGAUGUGCUUUCCCAGCUUCCAGCAAAGCAACGCAAAAUGGUUGUGGUGGCUCCUGAAGGCAUUAGUGCAAAGACCAAAGCUGUCUUGGCAGCUGAAGCAAAGAAGAUGACCAAAGGAUAUGGAAGUAAACAACAGGAGAAGGAAGCUCUUCUUCUCUUCUACAGCAGAACAGCAGAAGCUAAAAUCCAUUCAGUCGUAGAAUACAUCCUGGAGUUACUGGAAAGUGGGAAUGAUAAAUUCCUGGUGUUUGCUCAUCACAUGAUAGUGCUGGAUGCAAUAGUUGCAGAGCUGGAGAAGAAACGUGUUGAAUACAUUCGCAUUGACGGCUCCACACCUUCAGCUGAGCGGCAGUCUCUGUGUCAGAAGUUCCAGGUCUCGGAGAAGCAGGUCGUGGCUGUCUUGUCCCUCACUGCCGCAAACAUGGGCCUGACACUUUCUGCUGCGGACCUGGUGGUGUUUGCAGAGCUCUUCUGGAAUCCUGGGGUUUUGAUCCAAGCAGAAGAUCGGGCACAUCGAAUUGGACAGACCAGCUCCGUUAAUGUUCACUACCUGGUGGCUAAAGGCACAGCAGAUGACUACUUAUGGCCAAUGAUUCAGGAGAAAAUCAAAGUGUUGGGGGAAGCUGGUCUUUCAGAAACCGAUUUCUCCAAGACAGCUGAAUCCACUAAGUACUGUCCUAAGCCAGAUCCAAAGCAGAAGACCAUCUACGACCUUUUCCAGAGGACCUUCUCUGAAAGCAGAGAUGACACUGAUGAUGUUUUGCUUUUGGAGGCAGCUGAUGCUUGCGAGUUUGUCUCUGGCAGUGCCUUGCAAGACGCAGAAGGAGAGACAGGUUCAGUGAGUCCCCCCAAAAAGCGGCUUAUUGAGGAGUUUUUUAAAGUGUAA